GAUAGGAGGAGAACAGAGAUAAGGAGGGGAGAGAAUCUGGGGGAUAAAAAGGGGGGGACAUAAGUAGUACAGUCCAGGGAGAGACUUUAUAAUCAAUUAUUUAUAUAACUAUCUAUAUUUCUAUUACAUGACCCAUAUUAACAAAACACAUGCAGACCCUCUUUUGGGGUCCCAACAUAAUAGAGGAGGUGUGGUUUGUAUUUGUUGUCUGGUGGGGUAGUACCUAAGUAGAAGAGGGUCUGACUCUGAUUGCAUAGUAGCAGAAUUUAAGGGUCUCUUUUAUCCGUCACCCAGUAGAGUAGUUCCCCGGCUAGAGCAGUGGGGAGGGCAGCGCAGGAUCUCACAGUAUGUUACUCAGCAUUUCAUUAGCAGGGAGGGGAGUCUGGGGCACGGGGGACCUUCAGUAGUCUCUGAGACAGAACUCAAGGGGACACCGAGGGGACUGUCACCCCCUCCUUCUCUUUGCACGGCAGGGAUGGACCCAGCAGCACCAUGUGGACCACUUAAUAUGAUCCCGGCACCUCCAGCCUAAUUGUGGAUCCCCUAUUGUAGCUGGCACUGCAAGAGUGGGACGAGGAUCAUGGAUGAGUUUCACCCAUUUAUAGAGGCUUUGCUCCCUCAUGUCCGAGCCUUUGCCUACACCUGGUUUAACUUACAAGCUCGGAAGAGGAAAUAUUUUAAGAAGCAUGAGAAGAAAAUGACUAAAGAGGAGGAGCGAGGGGUAAAGGAUGAACUGCUCAAUGAGAAGUCCGAGGUCAAACAGAAGUGGGCGUCCCGACUUCUGGCAAAGCUCCGUAAGGACAUCCGACCAGAGUUCCGGGAAGACUUUGUAUUGUCCAUCACUGGCAAAAAGGUAGCCAGUUGUGUCCUCUCCAACCCAGACCAAAAGGGCAAGAUGAGGAGGAUUGACUGCUUGCGGCAAGCGGACAAGGUGUGGAGGCUAGACCUCGUGAUGGUUAUCCUGUUCAAGGGCAUUCCUUUGGAGAGCACAGAUGGGGAGAGACUGAUGAAGGCUGCCCACUGCUCCAAUCCUCAGCUAUGUGUACAGCCGCAUCACAUCAGUGUAUCUGUCAAGGAACUGGACCUCUACCUGGCCUAUUUUAUCCGAGAGAGAGACACAGAACAGGACAGCAGCCCUCGCACAGCUAUUGGCUCAGACCUGGAGGACACUAAACCAAUCAAUUUGGAUAUGACAGAUUUCCAGGAGAGUUUUGUCACUUCUGGAGUUUUCAGCGUCACAGAAUUAAUUCAAGUGUCUAGAACCCCUGUGGUAUCUGGCACAGGCCCAAAUUUCUCUCUGGGAGAGCUACAGGGACACCUGGCAUACGAUUUAAAUCCUACAGGCACAGGGAUGAGAAGGACCCUCCCCAGCACAUCAUCCAGCGGGAGCAAGCGGCACAAGUCCGGCUCUCUUGAGGAUGACAUUGAUACCAGCCCAGGGGGAGAAUAUUACACAUCCCCCUCUUCUCCGACUGGGAGCAGCAGAAACUGGACAGAGGAUAUGGAAGGAGGCAUGUCGCCAACGGUAAAAAAGUCUGAGUUAGACAAGUCGCCGUUUCACAGCCCCUCCCCCCAAGACACAUCCCCAAGGAUCAGUGGUUUCACCCAACAUCAUCGACCGGUAAUAGCUGUGCACAGUGGUCUUGCCCGAAGUCCUCACACCUCAACUACGCUACACUUCCCAACCUCCUCCCUCCUUCCGCAGGCAGCUUCCACCUACUUCACCCACACAGCCAUACGUUAUCCCCCGCACCUCAACCCACAAGACCCUCUCAAAGAUCUGGUGUCUCUCACCUGCGACCCAAACUCCCAACAACCUGGCUCGCUGAAUGGGAGCGGCCAAGUGAAGGCUUCGAGUCACUAUAUCUCCGCGCAGAUGUUGGCCCCACCUCCUCCAGGGAUGCCCCGCCUCACGCUGCCCUCUGACACCAAAUCUACCACCUCCUCUGAUGGCGGUACGACUUCACCCACCUCUCCCACAUACUCUGCCCCCAGCACGCCACCCGCUAACCGAUCUUUUGUGGGACUUGGACCCAGGGACCCUGGGAGCAUAUACCAGGCGCAGUCCUGGUAUCUUGGAUAGCACUAUCUAGUGGAGCAAAGUCUUUCUCAGGAAGACCAAGAUAUCUAUGAUAGUUCUAGACUUUGGGUCAACAGGAAAAAUAAACUUUUCAAACAGGAUAUUACUUCUGUUGCAAGGAAGAUACAAAAUCUCAGAAAAGAAACACAGAUAAACCUUUGAAAGGAAUGAGAGUGACCAGGCAAGGAAAAGACAAGCACUAUGUUGUAUUUGAGGAGAAGCCUGAACGUUCUUCAAAGAAAAAAGUGAGGAGAUUGCAAGGACAGUCAAAUGUUUUUCUCUCCUCAUUCAUCAAGUAGCUUCUGUUCCUGAUAAAAAAGACAAUAUAUGCAAAAAUUAUAUAUAUAAACGUUAAUUUCAUUUUAAUUUCUUCUUUCUUAGCCCCUUCGCAAAUGGAGGUAGGAGGAGAUAAACAGACAGUGAGAAAGAA